AUGGGCCCUCCCCAGCACGACACCGUCAUGGGUCCGCCCCCCGUCCCUGCUCAGGUUGCGCAGUCGGGCUCCCAGCAAAAGGCGAAGGACGCCGACUUCGCCGAGAAAUAUAGGAGAUUGAAGCGGAAAUACUUUGAGCUUGAGGAGAAACACAAGGAGACUGCAAUACAACUACGAAGCUCAGGUGAACGGAAUGUCAAAUGGCGAGCAGAACGAGCUCUACUUCUCGACCGCAUCACAGAGCUGGAGGUCAACCCCCACGCCAACCCUGGCUCACAAGCCGCAGCGCUCCCUUUCUCAGCAUUCCCUCGCAGCCUCAUGAACGACAGAACUCAGAAAGUGUUCAUCGCAAACCUCCACCAAGCGAUAGAAGAGCUCGAACGGGAGGACCCUGAGAUCGACCCCCACAUCCUUUCGCGUCACAUCGGGCCUGCAGCACGACGGCAACAAGAGCUCCAAGAGCGAGAGCGGCAGGAAGAGGAUGCCCGAGAAGCAAAACGCUCGAGCCGUAAAGCGCGGGGCCCGCAAAAGGGCAAAGACAUGGGCGCCCCUCUCACAUUCGCACCAGCACCCAUCCCGGGGCAGUCCCCAUCCGGCCCUCAUGGGAAUCCCACAGCGUCGCCACCGAUCCUGGUGUCAAGCACGGGAACUCGACUGCGUCUCAAGCCGCCUGCACCGCCCGGAGGUGAAGUGUCAUCUGCGUCUCUGCCCCAUCCUGGAGCUCAACUCUCCGGUGGGUCUCAACACAUUCGUCACCGUUCCGAGUCUCUAUCGCCGGUCUUGUCACCGCAGGAUGACUACAUGCCUGGCGUGCAUCACGGACCCAUGUCGCCCUCAUACCAACACGGCGCGCCGCCUUCCCAAGCACAUAUGCAAACCACCAUGCGGACCUCCUCCACCCGACCCUCAGAAGCACAGCGACAAACGAAACCAAAGCGGCUGAAGGCGCAUACAGUCAUCACCAAAAGCUUCAGUAUCCCCAUGGUCCCACGUGACAAGCACCGGAGGCCCAUUCUACCCCUUAACGUUGGCAUCAUGACCGUCAUCAACCUUGGCUCGGUGUGCAUGCGCGAGCACUUCCAUACGGAGCGGUACAUUUUCCCGGUUGGGUACGAAGUGACGAGGCGUUACUUCUCGACGAUCGAUCCGAACCAAGAGGUGGUUUACCACUGCAAGAUCCUCGACGGCGGGGACGGCCCCAAGUUCCAGAUCACCGCGUCUGACCUUACAGACAAGCCCAUCUUCGCUGGCACUGCGACAGGGGCGUGGUCCGUCAUCGUCCGCGCAGCCAACCACAUCCGCAACCGCGCGCACUCGAACUCCGUCUCUGGGCCCGACUUCUUCGGAUUGGGCCAGAACACGAUCAAGCAUCUCAUACAGGAACUAGCCGGCGCGGACAAGCUCAAGGACUACGUAUGGCAACACUUCGUAGAAGGAGGGCCACUUGGCGGGCGCCAUGCAGCGGUGAUUCCUGCGCUCCCCGACGAGCACGAUGACCCUGCCCUUGGGAACGGCGCCCUGAAUGGCGAGAACGGGCACGGCGGGUACCUCAACGAGCGGGGUGAGCCCGAACCCGAGCCGAUCCCCGUGCCCGCCGUCUCUGUCCGUUCAAGCAGCUCCCGGUCGCGCGGCGGUGCGGACCUGAUGAUCAUCGAAGACCCGUCCCUCCGCGCGCGCAACGCCCCGCCUCCGCAGACCAAUGCCCCCAUGAAGAACAUCACAUUCCACCAGGAGUACCCGAACGCUCCUCCGGAGAACGGGCCGCGCACGCGCCGGGGCUCUCGCGCGAGCAACGCCGGGUACGACGACUACGCGAACCCGCCGCCCGGGGGCACGCCCAUGCGCGUUGACUCCCCCACGCACUCGCGCACCGCGUCGCGUUCGCCCAUCAUGCACCGCGAGCGCGACCGGGACGACCACUUCUCCCCGCCCCAGCACCACCUUCCACCUGGCCAUGUCGCGUCGCCGCACGGUCAUCGCUCACCAUACGGCUCGCACGGGGUCCCUGCGGGCCCGGGCAGCGGUAUGUCGAACGGCGGGGAACCUGUCGGAUACCGUCAGGGGACGCCACCACCGCCUGUCCCAGCGACCUUCGCGAGCAUCAUGCACGCAUAUCCCGCCCCUCCUAUUGCGUCGUCUCCGCCGCUGAGCGAGGCGAGUGUCAGCCAGGAGUAUGCGUACGCGAACGGAAACGGCAGGCGCAACGGCCACCCCGGAGAGCGGUGACCCCCUGGCCGCGUCCCUACGAUCGCUCCACGCCUGCUCCCACCCGUCCUGGUUCCAUCCGAAGUCUAGUUGCAAGACCGCAACACGAACAUUCGCCUUCCAGUCCUCCUACACAUACACCCGUCCCCAUACAAACCCGUACUGCCCAUUGAAUACCGCUCGCCGCACAACAACUCUGGUUCCCCGCCUCCCCCACAUCCCGAACGCCGCCCGCCACCCGUGCUCUCUGCUACGUUUUCUGCUUUCGCUGUUUGUUGUGUGUUCUUGGCUCAUUACGCUAGCUACCGCCUAAUUCCCCGCCGCCGCCUGUUGUGUACCGCGGCGCGCGCUCCCUGCGCGCGUGCGCGGCUUGUACCGAUACGCGCUAAUGCAUAUGCAAGUGCGCCUUUUCC